AGAAAAAGCUGUAAAAUAUUUUUUAUUCUGAAAUUGUGAAUUAUAAACUAAGUGAAGAGAGAAUUAAAAGUUUUUGUAGUGCAAGCAAUCUAUGUCAAGAAGUAACUAAAUUAGAUUAUAAUGAUCAGAUUACUUAAACAAUAACUCAUUGUUUCUAUUGAAGAAAAUUCAAUCACAAAAUGACAACAAAAUAAUUUUUUUGUUAAUUUAUUUAAACAACAAGUAGAAGUUGUGCACAAAUAUUUAGUUCGGUGUAAGGUUUGAAGUCGUUCUGUUUGCUGAAAAUAAUAAAAACAAAUAAAUAAAACAAAACAAUAAAGCUUCUAUUCCUGGAAUAUUUUUAUGAUACUUAAGAUAACCAGAAAAGCUUUUGUUUAUGAAGUGCACAUUUAAAAUGAGUGAGAGUUCUACACAAAGUGAGAGUGAUCCAAACUCCCACAACAAAUCAUCAAACGAAGUCGAUGAAAAUCGAUCAACUUUGAGUUUCUUCUUAAAGAUCGGCUAUGGGUUUGGUCACGUUUAUAAUGACUUGUCUGCAACUAUUUGGUUCUCGUAUAUUCUUCUGUAUCUGAAAGAUGUGUUGGAGAUGCCUAAUGAAGCUGGUUAUCUCAUGAUGUUAGGUCAGAUUGCAGACGCAGUUUUUUCUGCAAUUGUUGGUUUAAUGACAGAUCGUUAUUACACAAAACGCAAUUGGCAUAUGAUGGGAACAUUGAUUGUUAUUUUAUCAUUUCCAUUUCUUUUUAUGCUGGAACAAAACGUGCUUCCUUAUUUGGCUAAAAUAUUUUACUUCAUAUUAUUCAUAACUUUAUUUCAAUGCGGUUGGGCGACAGUUCAGAUUUCUCAUCUUGCUAUUCUACCGGAAUUGUCUAUAACACACAAAGAUCGUUCAGACUUGAACUCGGUUCGCUAUUGCAUGUCAAUAUUUUCAAACAUCACCGUCUUCACGAUUGCUUGGACAGUGCUACAUAUUCGUAAUCGAAAUAGUGAGAGCAUCGGUCCAAACGACUUUGACAAAUUUCGGAACAUUACAAUAUUCCUGACUGCUAUUGGAAUUUUAACAACGAUAAUCUUCGAAGGUUCUUUAUCGCUUAGUAAAUACAACAAAAGACGAGAGGAUAAGUUUGCGACAUCAGAACUUGACGACUCAACAAGCAAAUCUUCAUCUGUUGAGAUUAUCAACGUUCUGAAAGAUUUACAGCUCUAUAAGAUUGCUUUUCUCUACACAUUUUCACGUUUAUUUCUCGUCAUUUGCAUUAUCUACAUUCCCAUCUGGUUAAAUGAUUUCAUGAAAACGCGAACAGAUCAGACGAUAGAAAAUAUUGCGAUUAUUCCACUUAUCUUCUUUGUCGCAUCAUUCGUUGCUGCUUUUCUUCUUAAAUACUUAAAUCAAAAGCUUUCGCAUAAGAUUGUUUAUUGUGCAGGUUCUUUGAUUUCCAUUUCGGGCUGUGUUUGGAUAUUUUUUUCCAUUUCGCUCGGAGCCAAUGAACUGAUUGGAAUUGCAAUUCUUCUUGGUGCAGGCAGUUCAACCACACAAAUUAGCAGUUUGUGUAUCACUGCUGAUUUGAUCGGUGAUAAAGCGGAGCAUGGUGGAUUGAUUUAUUCCAUCAUUACAGUAUGCGAUAAACUCUUCUCGGGAAUCAUCAUUUUUGUGAUAGAAAAUUUGGAAGCUCAUCAAAAUUAUUACAGCAACGUUCUUAUCUUUAACGCAAUCACAGCAUUUGUAGGAAUUUUAAUUCUAGGAACCUUCAUAGGAAAGCAUUAAGUUAUUAAUUAAAUAGAUAAGUUUUACAUUGAUUAUUCAUUCCGUUAUCGGUUGCAUGCGACGAUUGCACGUGUGCUUAAUACAGAUGAUUUUUUUUAAGGAAAUAUUCUCGUAAAUUCUAAUGUUUCUCUAUUCCUUGCGAAAUACAUUGACGCCUGUUGGAUUUUUAGAAAGCUUUUCCACCUUUAAUUAUAAUUAAAGCAAAUGAAAGCAAACAUUUUGCUUUCAGAGAGACUCUUCUGUAAUAAAGACGAAAGCGCAGCUAACUUCACUUUGAACUUUGAAAAAACCGUUAAAAUUUUGAACACUGUAAUUUAUUUCACAAGGAAAUGGCUUGGAAAAGUGAACAUUUUCAUGAAAAUAAAAAAUUUCUUACAUAACAACUGAAGCCUUCUUCAGUACUUAUAAUUUCUUAUGAAAACAAAAAGCACUACAUCAUCAUUCAUUUCUCUUAAUUCAAUUAUCUCGGAAGUUUCUAGUUGAAUGUAUUGAGUGAAGCGGAAGAAAGAAAAAGUAACUGAAGGACUUUGCAAAUAUGGUCAUUUCUGGACAUUCGAAGGAUGGUGACAUUUAGGUAUAAUCUUUGUUGACUGCUAAACCAUUCAUAGAACAAUAAACUUAACAGUUUUUAUCUGAAUAUCUGAAAAAAGAUUAAAGAAAUGUCAAGGUCAAAUUUUAAAAUGCUAAACUUUUUUAUAAUUUUCUCUUUUAUUGUCACAAAUUUAUUUCUGUUGUCAAAAUACAACUUAGACAAUUAAAAAUAGAUCCUAACUAAAUAAUUGUUAGUUUCAUAGCAAUUCAUGCCAAACUUCUUUUAAAAUUUUCAUUGAUUUACUGUAUCUUCCUUGAUAAUUAAUAUAAUUAAUAAAAUCGAUAAAACCAUUAAUGUCAAAUUAUCUUUUCUUUCUUAUCUUCCUAUCCUUGCUUGAUUGAUUCAUAAUUUUUUUAAUUUUUACUUUUCUUUCAUUCAUUUUUAAAUAUUUAAAUAGAAUAUUGAUUGAUAAUAAAUUAUUUCAAUGCAUAUUAAAAUUGCACUUUAUCGAUUAUGGACUAUCAGAAAUAUAACUUAGAAUGCAGGCAACAUAGGCUUAUGCAUAUUUUGAUUAAUCAUUACAUAGUUGCAUUGCUCCCAGCAUAAAUAAUUUGUUUGCAUUCUGCUAAUAAAUAAUUUACAGCCCAAUAACCUCAACUUGACUCACUUUAAUUCUAAGAUUAUGUAUGUCAUUGCAUAAUAAAUAUCUGCAUGUAUGUCAUUCUCCACUAAAAACUUGGGAAUUUUCACUUGACUUCUUUUCCAAAUAUUUUCUUUUUUCAUUCUAAUUCGGCACAGAGUUUACACAGUUUAAGUUUUUGUUGCUAAAAACUUAAAGAAAAAAGCUUAAAUUAAAAGAAACAUUUUAUUUAAUGCAUUAACUAACUGAUUAUUUAACUUGAAUGCCUUAAUCUUAUGUUACAAUGUAUUUCAAUCUCAUUUAGCUCCUGAUGAACUCUUUCAAUUAGCCUCCACUGAGCAAAAUUUUCUAUUUAAAACUAAUUAAUGAUGAAACAAUUAAAUUUCACGUUUAACAUUCUCUUUUCAUCUCGCUUCAAUAAUUUUCUUCAUCACUUUUCCUUUCUUUCUUCUUCUACUUUAACUUAAUUUCUCAAAAAAUUAUUUUUUUGUGAUUGACUGAACUGCAUUUCGACUUCCAACUUCAAUUUCAAACGCAUUUUCAUGUCGGGAAAAAUUUAUGAUUUAUGCGAUGUUAUGGUUCACUUAAUAAAUUUACAAAAUAUUUCUAUGAACUAAAGACUUAAUUAUUUAUUAAUGGCUCAAGAAAAACAUUAUUAGAUUCGUUAAAAAAUGGAUUAUGAAGAAUUGCAGAACAUAAACGUUCAAAAUUCCACUUUCUCUGAUGAAAAAAUUUCAUUCCAAUUAAUUAACAAUCACAUUUAUGCUCGACAUGAAAUUUCUUUCGAAAAGUCUUAAAAUGAAUCUUAAAUGGGGAGUAUUUUCAUGUUACGUAACCUUUUUAAUGUAAAAAUAUUUAAAAUUGUUUGAAAUGUCAAGAAAUAAAGAAAAAGAUUUUUCAAUUUUUCUCCCAAAUUCUUAAAAAGUUACGUAAGGUGAAAAUAAAUCCCCAAAGUUACUGCCUACAAAUAAGUUUAUGAUGUAUAAAAUUAACUUAAAAAAUCUUAAAUUUAAUUACGUAGUAGAAACGAUAUUCGUUUGUGGAACGAACCCAAUUUUUCUUGCUCUCAUACCAAAACCUUUGCCACCCUCAGGAUCGGGACCGAGUGGCUUUCUAAUGAACGGUUCGUUAUUCCCAUGAUUUGGACAAUUCAAGCUGUUUGUUCGUGAUCGUGUUAUUGGAUUCUCAUUAUCAUAAGUUAUUGAAUUAAUUGAUGUUCGUCUGUCAUAACCAGAAUCGGUUGAGACUUUUCUUCCGUUGAUGUAAUAAUCGUUCGAUUGCGAAAGUUUUCUUAACGGAUCGAAGCCAUUCGACGAAUAUUUACGUUCGUAAUUCAUUGAACCAGAUGAAAUCUUUCGUUCAAAACCAGUAUCGAAUGAAAUUCGUCGACUAUCAGGUGCAGUUGAAGUGGAAGCACUCGAAUAUUUACGAUCGCCAAAGCUUGAAGAUCCGCUUGAAAACCUACGUGAAAAGUCGCUAAUCGAACCAUUUGAGAGUCGUCUGUAGGAAUCUGUUGAGAAACCAGAACCUCGUCUUGAACCACAUGAACAAUGUUCAGCACAAGUCAUGGAACCACGUCGUGGCAAUGGCAAUGGGGGAGCUUGAAGUUCAGAGAAAUUUGACAGACGACGUUGGACAUCAGAACCUCGUCUUGAUAAAGCUUCAGAACAAGUUGAGUAACCAUCAGAACAGUUGGAAUAACGACGUUCAUUGCUUAAAAUUUGUCCACAAACUGCACUCAAUCGUCUUGGUGGAAUUUCGUAAUAUUGCUGUUGAUGGAACUGAUUGAAAGGAGGCGAGUAAACUGCUUGUUCGUUACCAAGCGACAUCUUUCUAGGUGUAGGUGGAAAUUGGAAGUUACUUGGUGAAGGUGGAUAAUAAGUGCCGGAGUUGUUUCGUUUCAAAAGGUAACGAUUGUUAACAUUUUCACCUCCACGACUUCGCUCGUUUUCACUUUCAGAUGUAAAUUUAUUUCCUUCAAUCAUUUUCGUGACUGUUUUCUUGCCGGUUUUCUUUUUCGGCAAGACAAGUUCAAACACAAUUAUGUCAUCCAUUUUCUGGGCUCGUCUCGCUGAUGAUGACUCGGUGAAUUCAACAAGUGCACAUUCAUUUUGUUGCAAUUCUGGAUGUUUAUUUACAAAUUGACGAACAUCAGCUGGGAUGGGGCAAUUUGGACGAAGAAUUCGAACCAAAGCAAUUUCUCCGCACUUCGAGAAAAUGUCAGAAAUCUUCUCAAUCGUAAGUUUAUCAAAUGGAAGAUUUGUUGCGACUACAGUACGCGAUGGUGUUGUUUCAUCAUACAAUGGCAACGGUUCCAAUCGACGAAUUUUUGUCUCGACAUCAUUCAACUCAAUUUUUUUACUCUUGCGUUUGAUGGCGAUGCCAACAACUCGCCAAUCUUUGACGAGGGCACGGACUCGUUUGAAACUUGACACCAACUUUAAACUUACAAAGCCUUCUUUGUUUCGCCGAACGUGUUUCAAUAAGAAGGCAUCCUUGAGUAGACUUUCGUCAGAGAAAUAAAAUUCAACUUGUUCAACAAUCUGUUCGCAAAAAUCGUCAUCGGGAAUUUCAAUCGGUUGUUCAUCUUCACUGCUGCUUUUGUUUACUGCUUCGCCACUUGAAUCUUUGUUGUUAUCAUCAUUCGAUGACAUGUUACGAUAAUCAUAUUGAUCGAUUUGCUGUAAGCUCUCAGUGUUGUUUUCGUUAGAACUGAUGGAAUCGCAUGUGUUAGAAUGUUUCAUAUGUUUCAUCGUUGAAACGCUGCUGCUGUCUUGAUCACUGCUUUCCACGGCUUCGUCUUCACCUUCAGAUUCCAUGGAAUUUUUAACAACUUCCUUGCUUUUCUUCAACGACUCAACAUGCUUAAUUAAAACAUGAUUAUCCAACAUUAAUGGAGUCAGCGUGUCAGCGCUAUUUUCUUCGUCAAAUUCCGCUUUUGUAUCUUCUGGAAAGGAAAAUUCAUCAACGACUGCGACCUUGAUUUUGGGAGCUGAAUCAUGUUGAUCAAGUUGCUCUAAUGGUCGAGAAAUUGAAGGUCUUGGAGGUGGAACUGGAGCUGAACAUUCUGGAUCAUCCAUGAUGUCACCAAUGCCCUCAUCACCGGAAUUGUCAAAUGAGUCAAUUGACACCUCGCCUGAAUCAGAAUCACCAGACGAUGAAGGAUGGAGAUUCUGCACUGAACCGAAUUCGUCAUUUAAAUUUACGUGACUUUCACUUUCAUUUACUUCUAAAACACUUUGCGUUUCAAUGCCAACCACAGUCGUCGACUUAUUAUUUAAAUCGUCACUGCUUAUUGCCUCCGAAGUCGUUGCGUUCAUUUCUCUAUUUUCUUCAGACAUUUUUUUCUCUCUCUCUGUUUCGUUCCUUUCGUUUAUGUUCACUUUUAAUUUUUUAUAUUUCGUCUCUCAACUAUAAAGCUUCUUUAGUCUUUUUUUUAAUAUUAUUUAUGAGUUGGACGAUGUUUCUUUCUUCUACAAUUUAUGGCAAACUUUUGCUGCUGAAAUGCUCUUUGUUUUACUUGUGUAUGACUUGAGUGUGUGAUGAUCAGAUAUCUUGCAAAAAUUAUGCGCAAUCUUCUUACUUGUAGUUCUAAGUUCUCUUUGACUUAUUUCGAAGCACAAAAAAUUAAUUAUAUUAUUGCACAGCCAAUUAUCACGAUCAAAUUCUUUGUUUUUUAUGCAGUUUAUUUUUUUCUCUUAAAGCAGUUCAACUUAUUUUACUUUUUUUUUAUGCUUUACUACUCACACACUACAGGCUGAUAUUUUUAUUCGAGAGAAUCGAAAUAUUUCUUUACGGAAAGCAGGCGAAGUUUUUUUUUUAUUAUUCAAAGUACUUUCACAAAACACCGAACCCAAAUUGAACGCUUUACAAGAGCUGUUAGCAAAAUUAAACCAAGUUCCAAGCGAUGCUUUUAUGCCAAAAGCCGUUUUAUUGUUGCAAAAAUUGAAGCUUUACGAAAAGUUUUUUUUUCUUCUUUAUGUUUAGCCAACACAGGUCGAUGAACGAGAUUUUUGAUUUAUGCUUCAGAUAUCCAAACACUUCGUUUUCACAAAUUUUUUGAUUUAAAAAAUCUUCAAAUAUGAUUUGAGAUCAGCUACUGCCACUUUUAUGUUGAUGCCUAGCUGUGAUUCUUAAUAUUUGAUCGUGCUUCAAGAUGUUGUUGAUAUUUCCAAUCGAAAAUCUUCACAAACUUCAUCAACAUAAUUUUUGGGAAAAGUUUUUUUAUUUUUAAAAAAUUUCUGUAGUUACUUUUGAUUGUACAAACAACUUUAGAUUGAACUUCAGCAGUUUAUAAAAAAAAGGAAUCUUGAAAUUUUUAUUAUUUGUUGUUUUCUUCUUUUUCUAGUUCACUGUAAGUUGGUCAUUUGUGAGAAG